CUUGGAUUCUCAGUCGCUCUCUCACCAGGCUCCAUCACAGUCUUUACCGUCUAUGUCCAUGCGAGGAUGACCACACUCUCUACCUCACGAGGUCGCUCGGCCUUGGCCGUCAGCAUCGUCUUUACUUCUCUUGCGACAGCAUUGGUACUGGUUCGGAUUUAUACUCGGGCUGUAUUGGUCAAGCAGAUGGGAGCGGAUGAUUAUGCUAUCAUGAUCGCUCUGUCAUUCUCAUGGGUGUUCUUCGGUCUAUUCGUUGGUGAGGUUUACCACGGCAUGGGUGAACACUAUGUCCUCAUCCCAGCGGCAAUCUACAAGAUACAGAUGCUCUGCUUCUGGGCCUCCGUCCCAAUCUACCAAACCAGUCUAAUCACCACCAAACUGUCCAUUCUCCUUCAAUACCGACGAGUCUUCUCCACAGCACGAAUGCGCCUCGCCUGUAAUAUAUUGAUUGGUUUGCUCGCCGUGUACGGAACAUGGACAAUCGUCAGCGCCUGGGCAAAUUGUGUCCCUCUCGAGAGAUUCUGGGACCCCACUGUUCCGGGUUUCUGCUUCGAUAAGAAGGCGUUGUGGUUCUCCAACUCGGCUGUUCACAUCUUGACGGAUAUCUUGAUUUUGAUCUAUCCCAUGCCGGUCCUUAAGUCUCUACAGCUCCCGAAGAGACAGAAGUUUGCGUUGAUGGCUGUCUUUGCUCUGGGUGGAUUCGUCUUAAUCACCAGUGUCCUCCGUCUGAGGAGUCUUCUCGUGAUUUCCAACUCUACCGAUCCAACCUACGACAACGUCGGCGCCGCAGAAUGGUCCGCCAUCGAAUGCAACGUCGCCAUAAUCUGCGCCUCCCUCCCCAGCACGCGCGCCUUCCUCUCCAAACUCCUCCCCCACAUCUUCUCCACCGGCAGCAACGGCUACCGCAGCCGAACAACGCGGCCCUCCCGCACAGGUCGCAGCCACCUCACCGGCACAAUGACAAACACCCAAGUGCAAGCCUCCGUAAUCGGCGGCCGUGAUGAGCGAGACUACGACAUGGACAAGCUGUCGCCUACUACAGCGUCUUUCCGUGCCCAUGAGAAGUAUAUUGAUAGUAGCAAGGAUGGCUUUGCUGGUAUCAAGGUUACGACAUUUGUGACGCAGGAGUCUAUCGCGCAUCAGCCUGAGAAUGAUGAGACGGGUAGUACGAAGGAUCUUGUGCAUAAGCAUAGUUUUUGA